AUGUCGUCGAUACAAGACAGACUGAAACUUAGACGUGUAUCAUCCUUUGAAACAUGGAGCACACGAGAACAGUUAUGCCUUGCAUCAAGUGUACUGAAGUCUGGAGAUCAGAAUUGGAUGAGUGUGUCUAGAUCGUUAAAGCCAUUUAUUGAAAAAGAGUUACCGAGGCCAUCAGAUUGGUUUUCCCAGAGAUCAUGCGCCAGUCAGUACACAUAUCUACUUGAGAAUGCUGAUAUGCCGAGAAGGAAGAAAAGGGAAAGUGGUGAAACCCCUAGCGAAUCCAUAGUUAGAAAACUGACACAGGAGAGGAUAGCUGAAUUGAAUCAAAAUCUUGUUCGUCAAAGAAAUGAAUAUCUGCGACAUAAAUCAGACAUGAACCUACUAAUAAAAUCCGGUGCAAUAAUCGACGAAAUGUUACAAAAGAUGUGGCUAGAUAUACAGCAGGAAGAAUGCGAGAAGGAACAGAAAGCACGGACCCAUUCGGUAUGGAUAGCAAAGCGACAGCAAAAACAGGAAAUAAGCUUGCCAUCUAUUCCUUUGGUUAUUGGAAAUCAACGCAAACUUAUGGAAGGCGCAAUAGUAGAGAUGCAGGAAUCUUCGACGGAACCCUCGGUAGAAGAUGAUGAAAAAAAAAACCGAGGCGGUAGGUCGCCACUAUUGACGAGUUUGUUGAAAUCCCCGAGUCCGACCACGCAAACACAGACCACUACGUCUGCAUCCAUUCAGUCAAAUUCACCGACCAUCACUAGCCUACUCGGAUCUAGUUCCAAGAUGCUCAACACUCAACUGGCACAAAAUGUGUCGCCGCAGUUGCAGCAGUUGGUUUCAACGGCGAUAGCCAGCGCAACGAACGCAACAUUGGAACGACCAUCUGUUGAGGCACCCACACUUUCGAUGUUGCUAGAGAUGCCGGCCAAUUCGCAAAGAGGGCCGCUACCAAGUCUACAAGGUACUCCAACUGCAACGAUUCCCAUUGCACCUCAAACAACGCAACAAGCAACUGUGACCACCGCCGCCGAAAUGCACAACUUUCCACAAGCGCAACAAGCGCAAAAUGUUCAUCAAAUGGCCAUUCAGAAUGUAGUGACUUCGACGGCAUUGGCGAUCACCACUAUACCGGCCACUACCAAUAACAUACCAAUUUCGGAGAACAUGGUGAUAAUCGACCAUAUAGAUGAUGUCAUACGUAAGGACAUAAUGUCAGACGUGAUGGAUAAAGAUGAAAUAAACGAGAUUAUUGGUGAUAUCGAGGAACUGAUUAAAGAAGAGAUCACCGCGCGUAGUCCGCAGACCCACCAAGAUACGAGCGGCAACUCAACGUCGACAACGACGACAACGACAGUGAUCGAUACUUUAACUGCACAAACAUCGCAACAAAUGGCAGAAGUUCCAAUAACAGUAGCUAUAGAGGCACGUCCAGAGCCGAGAAACGUGGACGAAUCCGUAUCGUUGUCCAAUUCGCCGCAAAGCGAAAUGGCGAUCGAGGAAAUCGAUUCUAGCACAUCUAAUAUCGCCGAGAUAAUCGGCACCGUUACUAUGGAGCCACAGGAACCUAAAAUUAUUGUUGCCGAGAUGACUGAGACUAUAUCGAAUACAUUAGAGGAGAAAUCUGAGGCGAGUACAUACGACGAAAGAAUGAUUUUAUCUGAGGAACUUGUUGCGGAGCAAGAGAACAAUGAUGGAGAAAAGGAAGAUGUGGUAGAAGAGAAACAGUUAGGCGCAGAAACCAAAUCCUUAGACACCACGUUGAACGUGACGGAAACAGAAGAGAACGAGCGAGAUCAACUUUCGCACCCGAAGAAAAUAGAAAAAGUUGCGGGCGAAGAGGAGGAAGGAGUAGAAGAGAAAAACGAGAAUGAAGAGGGAGAAACAGAAAUGACGAUCUCUGAUGACAAAGACGCCUUCGAAUCCGCCAAAGAACGGAAGGAUACUCCAGAAGACGUUGAAGGUAAAGAUAGUGAAGGAUUAGAUCAAUUAGAAAUGCAUUUAGCAAAAAUUACAGGGGAUCAGCAAGAUGUACCAUCCGCAGAGGUCAUCAGCGUAUCAUCGGAGAUAACGAACGACUUGCCUAGUACUGAAGACACAGAAAAGUCGCAAGACAUCAGCUUGAUUCUGGAGGAUGAUGAGGAAGGAGAGAGCAGUCGGAGUUCCGAAAGUAAAAAAAAAGCGACACUGGAACAAAUAAUCGAAAACACGGUAGAAAGUACAACGGAAUCCUUGGAAUCUUUCAAGGAGGAACCCGUUGUCCUGAUAAAAAAAGAAGAAAUUGUCGUAGAAGUGAGAGAAGAAUCAUCUGUGAAAGAAGAGGAGAUCGCUGAAGAAACAUUACAGAUAUACACGGAAGAAUUUAAAAAGAAAGAGGAAGAGGAGACGAUGAAGGACUCCUCAGAGGACACUACAAGCUCUAUUUUGCAGGACAUAGAGAUAAAGGAGGAAGAGAUCGAACCAGCCAAUGAGAUUGAGGAUGCUACUAUUAACGCGGUAACGAUUGAGGUUGCCCAGAGCAUCAAAAGCGAACCAACUGUGGCGGCUGAUGCAGAAAACGCCAAUGUUAAGAAAACAGAGAGCACGGAGGUCGAAUUGGAGGAACCGAAAACUGAGAGAGAGGUAAAAACUUCUACCGAUACGCUAUCAGAAGAGGACAAAAAUGAAAAUGUGGAAAUAAAAGAAGAAAAAAAGGAGAAAGAAGAUACUAAGAAGGACAUAAAUAGCGAGCAGAACGUGAAGAAAGAGAUAGAAUAUGGGGUGACGAGCGCCGGGGAAGAAACCGGGGAAUUAGACGAGGAGGAAUCGUCGUUAAGCAAACUGAGCGGCGGCCGAGCGAUGAAAACAUACUCGAAGAAGCAGCAAAAUAUCGCUGUAGACAGUGAACCGGAAAAUGAGGGGACAGGCGAAGGAGCUGAUUAUCGUGCCUGGAAAAAGGCGGUCAUGCUUGUUUACAAUCGUUUGGCUACACACAAAUACGCAUCGAUAUUUUUACGGCCAAUCACGGAGGACCAUGCCCCUGGUUAUCACACAGUGAUUUUCCGACCUAUGGAUCUAUCAACUAUUAAGAAGAACAUCGAUAACGGUACAAUCAGAUCGACCAUGCACUUUCAGCGGGACGUCAUGCUCAUGUUCCAAAAUGCUAUUAUGUAUAACAAGCAUGAUACGUUUAUUUAUAAAAUGGCAAUAUCGAUGCAAGAGGAAUGUUUACAACACAUGCAGAUAUUAGUGCAAGUAACAGGAGAAGGAACAUUUCGAAGGGAAACAAGAACUGCUGCGAGUAGUAGUAGCGAUGCAGGCGAGAAUAGCAUCAAACGAAAACGUAGUCACAUAACUCCGAGUCCUCAUGAUACUGACAGUUUGCGGUCCAAAAAACGUAGAAAAUCUGAAAACGAUUAAAUUUCAUUAACAACUGAUUUAUGUGAAAUAAAAAUACAGGUUCGUCUAAACUUAUAAAUAAGAAGAGAAUAUGACAAAAUGAUUAAAAUUCUAUCAUUUAACAUUGAGAAAAUAUACUGGGUAAAAUAAGUUGUAAGACAAAGCACUACAACUAUGAUAGCUGUAACGUUUGUAAAUUAUUUAUUAUAUCUGUGAAUUGUAAUUCUAUUAAAAAAAUACGUCGACAUUUUUUAUUGGUGAAAAUUAGAGACUAGAAAAAAAUAAAAGGAACUAAUGUGAGGUUUGCCGCCUCGAUCCGAGUGGUGCUUGAGAGGCACCACUCGAGUUGUCGCAUCAUAUCUAGUGGUACCUGAGAGGCACUUCUCGAGUGCAAAGGGUUAAAUAUUAUAGAAUUUUUUUAUUUAAUUUUUUUUAUUACCUUGAAAUAAUUAUAUAA